AUGAGCCUGAACUGCCUCGCUUGCCACAUCCUGCAAAGAUCAGACUCGGACAGAGACAUAGGAAGCCGUAAAGAUUCAAGCUUAACAGAAAACUUUGCCAUUUCAAGGUAUGAAAAACUGGCAAGGAACAGAUCACAAUUGCCCGUAGUGAGACGGGUCAAAAAGGGACAUCGCAGGCUCUACAGCGCGGAGGUCGUUGUCUAUGGGGAUCUGGACGCGCCCAAGCUUAUCAGAAGCAGUGGGCUUAGAAGGGAUUGGAGCUUUGAGGAUCUAAAGAAACAAAGAGAGAUAAUGAAAAUUGAAGAGACAAUCAAGGAAUAA